UGCAGGGCCACGAAAAUACGUCACGCGAUCUUAUGGGCCUUCGCUCACAACGUCUCUUGUACCCCCUUGGGAUGCCUAUCGUAGCGAAACCGGUGGACUCAUGUCAGCACUUAGGGCACUCUCUGUCGAGCAAAGAUUAUCACGCCACUUACUAUGUUCCGAUAAUCUUGAUCGUUACCGGAAAGCUUUCUACUGGAACAAAGUCUUUGUUGGCUGUAGUGCAGGACAAGGUUGAACCUAGUAUCAUUUCACAUGGUCAAAACCAUGGCCCCGCCCGAGCGGUUGGAGACGACCCUUCUUAGAGACCGCUAGUACCAACCGUUCUCCCAUCAAGAAAAUCACGAAGGAAACCGUCGAGUUUCCUGAGAAGGACGAGAGCCAGGGCGAACUUUUGAUCAU